AUGGACUGCAGCAGGGCUAGUUGUGGCCUGAUCCUUAUUAUAGGCUUGCUCCUGAUUGAUCUCACUUGGGGGCAAGGAACACGACAAUCCGACAAACUUUUAUCACAGAGGCUGCGACAGCUGGAUGCACAGUUCAGAACAUUUCAGGAGAGGACACUAAACCAUCUUCAAAACAUUGCAGAAAAUGUCAAUGUUUCCCAAAGCAUAGACACGCGCUUCCAGAUACUGACGAGGCGAUACGAAGGCCUGUCCAGAGAGCUGAAGGCCUUCAAGGCCGCCACCGACGCAGACCUGAGCUUGCUGAGGGCCUGGACCAAGAAGUUGCAGAAGAAGACCAAAAGGCUGGACCUGCGGAUAACCGGUCUGGAGAGGUCCCUGCGGGACAACAACAGGGCCUCCCAGAGGCAGGUGCAGGAGCAGAGGGACGCCCUGUCCAACCUCACGGACGAUCUCCAGGAGCACAUGACCCACAUCGACUCGAUCAAGGCCCACCAGGAGGAGGUUCGAGACGGGAUCCGGGGCCUGCAGGGGCUGUUUAGAGAGCAGCAGGCCCAGAUGACACGGCUGGAGGAACGCAUGAGGGAACGAGCCGUAGUAGCACAGCCAGGCCCCCUCUCCACGAGAAGCGUAGCCGCCCCCAGAGAACCACCCAUCUCCAACCAGACCCCUCAGGGCUCCACUCUGACAGCUGAGCGGAACACCAAACCCCAAGCCAAAGCCCCUAAACAGGGGAAGAUGAGAAACCACAGUCCCCCGGCUCCCAGGCCCACGCAGAGGAGCAGGAAAGCCGGGGACAGGAGGAGGCUGAGGAACAGGGUGCAGGGGUCCAGGCAUACAGACCUCCUGGAGGAACCUCGAUUGUUGCCCACAGAGCCAGGGGAAAAGGAGGACACAGAGGGAGAGGAGCUCCCCAUCCAGAACAUUCUGCAGUUGCCAUUAAGACACAAGAUUCCUCAUCACACUCCAAGGCCACGAGCCACAAUAUGCAAUGUGAAUUCCAUGCUACUGUUUCCCUCUGCUUCCACUGAGAACUAUGCCACAUUCUUCAAGGGCUUCACUACCAGUAUUUACGAGCUGACCAUCUGCACCUGGGUGAGAGUUGAGUCCAGGUACAUGGGAACGCUCUUCUCUUAUGCCACCGCGGACAAUGACAACAUGCUGGUCCUCUAUGGUCGCAACACAAGCUCUGCGGGCAGUGUGGAUUUCGUGAUUGGGGAUCCUGCAUACCGGGAGCUACCAGUGCAGACCAUCCUGGACAACCAGUGGCAUCACCUGUGUGUCAUCUGGUCCUCCAUCGAGGGCCGUUUCUGGCAUUACAUCGACCGCCGCCUCAUCUCCACGGGCUCCAGGUUCCAGAACGGCUAUGAGAUUCCGCCAGGAGGUACUCUGGUCUUGGGCCAAGAGCAGGACUCUAUGGGCGGAAACUUUGACCAGGCGGAGGCCUUUGUGGGUCGGCUGGCUGGUUUUACCAUGUGGCCACGGGUCCUGAGCCCAGGGGAGAUCUCCUGGAUUUCUACAGGGAAAGGGCUUCCUAGAGGAGUGCUUCUCAGUCUCGAUGAUGUGGACAAGCUGAGAGGAUCCGUACAGCGAGUCACAUGUGAAUGUCUGGAGCACUGUCCCUGAUACUAACACUAACAGAAUAACUAGGCUCAACAUUCAAGUCAGUUAGUUUUUAAUACAAUGGUC